AAUAAGCAGGCAGCCUGGAUGUGGAUGUGUGGGUUUUUGUGGCCCUGAUGGCCUUCCACAUUCCUUGCAGCUUCACAAAGCCCUGAAGUACUUCUACAUUGAUGCAACUCAUUCUUUGGGUGGUUGUUCUGCAGGAUGGAGGGAACACUUUUGCUUUCCAAAGUGCUGCUUUUUCUGCUCGUGGCUUUGUUUUUUUCUCAAACUAACUCAUCCGAAAUGAAAGUGAUGGAUGCCUUGGCGCUGAGUGGUGCUGCUCGGAUGGAAAUGGCGGUGAAGGAUUUGGUGGGAGGUUUGGAGAAAAUGCAGGACGUGUACGUGACCUCGACAUUCCGUCUCCCUCCUAAACUGGGCGGAGUUCUGUUUGGGAUCUACAGCAAAGAUGACGGAAAAAAAUACCUGGAGAUCACCGUCAUCGGCAAGAUCACUAAAGUAUUAGUAAGAUAUUUGCGCGCCGAUGGGAAGCUCAACUCUGUGAAUCUGCACAACCCCGCCCUCUCUGAUGGGCGGAGCCAGUCACUUAUCCUCAGAGUGGGCGGACUCAGACAGCGCCACAUCAACUUUGAGCUCUACAUUAACUGCCGCCUGAUUGACUCCGCCCAUGGGCUGCCCCCAUUAGCCAAGCUGCCUUCGAGGGCGGAGUCUGUGGAGCUCCGUAAUGGGGAAAGGAAUUUCGCCAGGAUGCAGGGUUCUAUAGAGUCUCUAAAGCUGGCUCUUGGUGGUUCUCUUCCUAAAGCUGGGCUUCUCACUGACUGCUCACUGCAGGGAGACUCAACACUACACAAUACAGUGGGUGGUGAUGUCAACGCUGUGCUAGGUGAUCACACUAAGGCUCUGAUUGGUCAGCUGAUCAUCUUUAAUCAGAUCAUGGGCAAUGUGAGAGAGGACAUCAGAGAGAUGACAAAGGAGAUGUCUUUAAUCAGGAACACCAUCCUGGAGUGCCAAGUGUGUGGUGAGUUUCAUGAGCCUCAGUCCCGUGUAAGGAACCCGUGUUAUGACGGUGUUGCGUGUGUGGAUGUGGUGGAGUUUCCGGGGUAUCAGUGCGGCUCGUGUCCAGCAGGCACUACAGGCAACGGCACACACUGCCAAGACAUCAACGAGUGUGAAGCAGAGCCGUGUUUUUCUCCUCACAUGUGUGUGAACAGUGUUAAGGGGUUCCAGUGUGAGCCGUGUCCUCCGGGGUUAUCUGGGCCCGAGCUGAGCGGAGUCGGAAUGGACUUUGCCCAGAACCAUAGACAAGUGUGUGUGGACAUAGACGAGUGUGCGUCUCCAAACGGCGCCUGCGUCCCAAACUCCGUCUGCAUCAACACAGCGGGGUCGUUCCAGUGCGGUCAGUGUAACGUGGGCUUCGUGGGGAAUCAGACAGCGGGGUGUUUUCUCAGGCAGGCGUGUGCUCUGCUCGGCUACGACCCGUGUGACGUCAACGCUCACUGUGUGAUGGAGCGCAGCAGUGACGUCUCCUGUGUGUGUAACGUGGGAUUUGCGGGGAACGGGAAUAUUUGCGGCGUCGAUUCUGACCUCGAUGGCUAUCCAGACGAAGCUCUUCCCUGCAUCGAUAACGAUAAACACUGCCGAGCGGAUAACUGCAUCUCCACGCCCAACUCUGGUCAGGAGGACACAGAUGGUGAUGGUGUAGGAGAUCAGUGCGACGAGGAUGCAGAUGGAGAUGGAAUAAAGAACGUGGAGGAUAAUUGUCGUCUGGUGCCUAAUAAGGACCAGCAGAACUCAGACCCAGACUCAUAUGGUGAUGCGUGUGAUAACUGCCCAAACGUCUCUAAUGGAGAUCAGCAGGACACGGAUAGUAACGGUGUGGGAGACAGCUGUGACAGUGAUAUUGAUGGAGAUGGAAUCCCCAACAUGCUGGAUAACUGCCCUAAAAUCCCCAAUGCCAUGCAGACAGACCGAGAUGAUGACGGAGUCGGAGAUGCAUGUGACAGCUGUCCUGAGAUCAACGACCCCACUCAGUCGGACGUUGAUAACGACUUGGUGGGAGACGUCUGUGACACCAACCAGGACACAGACGGUGACGGUCUCCAGGACACGAGGGACAACUGUCCUGAAAUCCCCAACAGCUCUCAGGUGGACUCGGACAACGACGGCGUGGGAGACGACUGUGACGAUGACGACGACAACGACGGAGUUCCAGACGAUACGUAUCCUGGUCCUGAUAACUGCAGACUCAUCGCUAAUCCUAACCAGAAAGACUCGGAUGCUGAUGGAGUGGGAGACGUGUGUCAGAGCGACUUUGAUAAUGAUAAAGUGAGUGAUGCGAUGGACGCCUGUCCCGAAAAUGCUGACAUCACCAUGACGGACUUUCGAGCUUUUCAGACGGUCAUCCUGGACCCUCACGGAGCUUCUCAGAUCGAUCCCAACUGGGUGGUUCUCAAUCAGGGGAUGGAGAUUAUACAGACUAUGAACAGUGACCCAGGUUUGGCUGUAGGCUACACUGCGUUUAAUGGCGUCGAUUUUGAAGGCACGUUCCACGUGAACACGAAGACUGACAACGACUACGUGGGCUUCAUUUUCGCCUACCAGGAUUCGUCCAGCUUCUACGUUGUGAUGUGGAAGCAGACGGAGCAGACGUACUGGCAGAAUCUGCCCUUCACAGCUCUGGCUGAACCUGGGCUCCAGCUCAAGGCAGUGAAGUCUCGCACUGGUCCCGGGGAGUUUCUGCGUAAUGCCCUGUGGCACACCGGAGACACACACGGAGAAGUGACGCUGCUCUGGAAGGAUCCGAGGGACGUUGGAUGGAGAGAUAAAACCUCAUACCGCUGGAGCGUCAGCCAUCGGCCGCAGGUCGGCUACAUCAGAGUGCGUCUGUAUGAAGGUACCUCUCUGGUUGCUGACUCCGGCGUGGUGAUCGACACCUCGAUGAAAGGAGGACGUCUGGGGGUCUUCUGCUUCUCCCAGGAGAACAUCAUCUGGUCUAAUCUGGGUUAUCGCUGCAACGAUACAAUCCCAGACGAUUUUAACCUCCACCACAAAAAUAUGAACCGCAGGACAGGAGUGUAGAUGAGCAUCCACAACUUUAAUCACUGCACAUCAAGCAAAAUAAAGUUACCACAGUCUGCAGUGUGUGUGUGUGUGUGUGUGUGUGUGUGUGUGUGUGUGUGUGUGUGUGUGUGUGUGUGUGUGGACAAGCGUUUUUUUUCCAAAAAAAAGCUGGUCUACAGUACUGAAAUAUUCAGGGCGGAGAAACUCACGCUGAGGACAGACAGGAAGUUGAGGUUACACAAUUCACAUCAGGCAAUAAAAUCCUGCAUUCAAAACAUUGCACAAAUACACAAAGUCACAUUUUCACAGAGGGUAAAAACUCAGCAGUGGAAACUUGGUGGUGCUGGGAUUUGAACUCACAAGUUUAAGGAUAAGGAUAAGUCCAAUGUCUUGACCACUGACCUGCCAGUUCCCCAAACAGCUCAGACUUACACCAAAUUACACAUCAAAUUACACAGUUACAACAAGUUACAUAAAGUAACAGCAGGUUACACAGUUACGCUGAAGUUACACAUAGUUACACAUAGUUACACAUAGUU